AUGAAAUUCAUUCCAUUAACAUAACAUUUUGAAACUGUAGCAAUGUUGUAUGAAAAAUGUGCAGCAAUGUCUGAAAAAUUAGAAAUCCUUCAAAAAUAAUCAACUAAUUAGAUAUAAAAUGGAUAGAUUGAAAGUGAAGAUACAUAAUAACUAUAGAAAAAUUCAUAAAAAUAAACUUUAAAAUAAAAGAAUAAAUAAAAAAAGAAAAACGUAGGUGCUAUUGUAGUUUAAGAAAAUGAUAAUAGAAUUAAUGAAGAGGAAAAAAAAACGAAAAAAAGUCCAAAAAUAAUUGAAAAAAAAAUUUUAAAGUAACAAAAGUAAAAAGUUUAAUUUACAUGUGAUCAUUGUAAUAAAACUUUUGAAACAUCUUAAGUUUAUAAUAAACAUAGAUAUUAAUUGAAAUAUCGAUAAAAUUAAUUGAAAAGAAAACUAAUGAAAUAAAAGAACAAUGUCAGCUAAAGUGAAUAGUCUAAGAAUAAGAGUAAGAUAUAAAUAAAUAAAGAAAUUAAGAAUAAAAAGAAAUGUAGUUCUGUUCAAUCAAAUUGA